AUGAACACGAAUAAACAACAAGUCAUUAAACAGCACUUGUUGUGUGAGGCGAAUGCUGAGGAUUCGGAAACAGCAAUCGGAAAUGUUCACGGGGAACGUACUCUUAAUGUUACUUCAAUGACAGAAGACGAAACCACAAAUUCCAAAAGGACCAAGUAUGUUGAUGUCGCUAGUAUCAUUACUGAAACCGUUCGCGGUAACGAUGCUGCGGCUCAUACCAAAUUUUCGAGAGGAAGGUGUUCAUCCAAGUCCAAAUCUCCCCCGAGCGAAGAAAUUCCUCUCCGAGAUGAAUGA